AUAAAUUUUUCCUAUAAAACCGCGUAGGAACGUACGUCGUUCUUCUCGCAUCGAUAAUCCAGUAGAAGUAAAGACGAUUCUAUCUUUCAUUUUUUAUACAUACGUAAAUAUAAUUUUAGGAUGAAGACCUCGGUGGCUUUCCUGUGUUUGGCAGCUGUUUUAGGCAGCGUUUUAUCCGACAAAACGGCCUGUCAGAUUUCCAGAGAGAAGGCUUUAGAAGAGAACAGCCUGGUCAAAAUCGUGCCGGAAUGCGACGAAAACGGCCAAUACGCGCCCAAACAAUGCUUUCCCGGCAAUAAAUUUUGCCAGUGCGUCAGAAAAGACGGCAGCGCCAUCGUCGAGAUGUCCGCCGUCAUCAAACAUUGCGAAUGCUUGAGAGCUCGCGAUCUGGCCGUCAGUCGUCAUCUGAUAGGAAAUUACAAACCUCGCUGCGAGGAAGACGGAACGUACAGCCGUACUCAGUGCUGGGGAUCCGUCGGUAGUUGCUGGUGCGUCGACGAACGCGGAAACAAAUUGUUAGAUAAAAACGUUAUGGAUUGCUAAUUUUCAUUUAUAUAAAUGGUUAUUUAAAUGUAAAUAGAGUCGUAAAUCCUUAAAUUAUACGACGUAUAUUAAAAGGAUUUUUAAAGACUUUAA